UGCAAUUUGGACCGGGUAGUGAGGUUUUUAGUUCCUAGAGCCGGGUACAAUUAGCUGGCUCAACGAAUUUAAACCUAACUCACCUCUGUGUGAUUGUAAGGGCGCCAAUCUAACACUGAACGAUGGCAGUGAACACAGGUACAUCUCUAGUGCUGUCCAGUCUGCUGUCAGUGCUGGUAUUUGCCGGCAUGCAGAUGUUCAGUAAGCAGCUGGGAUCCACUGAGUGGCUCACCAUCCUGGGAGGUUUCUUGGGCUCGGUCCUCUUCAUCUGCUCCCUCACUGCAUUUAACAAUCUGGAAAAUCUGAUUUUUGGAAAAGGAUUCCAAGCCAAGAUAUUUCCAGAGAUUCUGGUGUGCCUGUGCCUGUCACUGUUUGCCUCCGGUCUGGUGCACCGUGUCUGUGUCACCACAUGCCUGAUAUUCUCGCUCUUUGCCCUGUACUACAUCAACAAAGUAUCUGCCGCUCUCUACCAAGCAGCUGCUCCUGCAGUAACACCAGCCAAGGCUGCCAGCAAGGGCAAAAGGAAGAACUGAGGAAUCUGUUGGAUCCCAUUUGCAUCAAAUAAAUCAGUUGAUAUAAGCCAGGUGCUGAUGGCCAGUGCAACACAGCAGUUGCAUAUUUUGUAAUAUUGUUUUUUUUAGUCCAUGACCCUUUGUGUAUUUUUGCUGGCAUGUCACUUAAAAAGUGACAACCUAUUUAAUCAUUCAAAGAGACAAGUUUAAAACCAUGAUAACAUCAUUUUUUUUAAUAGUGAUCUCAAAUUGAAUUGAGGCCAUAAAAAUAUGAACAACAUUCCAGUGACAUCCUUUUCCUCAGCACUUGUUUAAACUGAUUGCAAAGAGAUUCAAAACAUCCUGUCAUGUUAUUUGUGUGUUCAUCAGCACAUCAAGUUACUUUUUUGUUUAAUUCAUUUUGUAAUUAAACUCUGUAAAAGAC